AUGGCGAGAACUAUAGCUCUCUUCUUGAUGGUGACACUCUUAGCUUGCUGUGAAAUGGAUGCAUCAGGUCAUUUUCACGUGUCCUACCUGGGCUGUUACCUAGAACCCCCCUACGACUCGUUGUUCUACAAAGCGUAUCUAGAUUACAGGUACCGUAUAGAUUGGACAAAGCUACCUGAUUUGAGACACGUAACACGGGCCUGUGCUCGAGAGGCCUUUAAGAGAAAUUAUACAUACUUUGCCAUCAAGAACUAUGGAGUGUGUUCCUGGGGCCCAGAAGGUCUCGCAGUAACGAGUAAAGGGAAAAAAGUGUCUGGAUGUUUCCUCACCAUCGGAGGACCGAGGGCUGUUUCCGUCUUUAAGAUUAUAAAACCGAAAGUAAAUGGCGGAUGGUCUCUCUGGAGUCAAUGGGGCAGCUGCAGUCGGACUUGUGGUGGUGGAUCAAAAACAAGAUCAAGAACAUGUACUAAUCCCCCUCCCAGCGCUGGUGGUGUAAGCUGCCAGGGCAGUGGUUUCCAGACCCUAUCCUGCAACACAGAAGGAUGUCCCGUUGAUGGUGGGUGGUCUUCCUGGGGAACUUGGAGCAUAUGCAGCCUAUCAUGUGGCAGUGGCAGACAAACACGCGCGCGGACAUGUACUAAUCCCUCACCGGCAGCUGGCGGUGCCCACUGCGUCGGGAAUAAUUCUGUUGAGGUUCAGUCCUGUAGCACUGACAGUUGUCCAGUAAAUGGCGGAUGGUCUAUCUGGGGAGUUUGGAGCACAUGUAGUCAAACUUGUGAUCAUGGGAUCCGAUCACGCGUGCGCACAUGUAGUGACGGUGUUGCAUGUCAAGGACCUGGAUCUCAAUCUCAACUUUGCAAUGCCAAUAGCUGUCCAGUGAAUGGUGGUUGGUCAAACUGGGGAGCCUGGGGCAGCUGUACCCAAACAUGCGGUGGUGGAAUUGAAACACGCAGUCGCACAUGUAACAGUCCCGCUCCAGCCAAUGGUGGCCUUCAUUGUCCAGGAAGUAGCUUGGAGUCUCAAGCGUGUAACAGUAAUACGUGUCCAGCCACAGGCGAUCAGGGUAACUCUAUUGCCAAGAAGGAAGUACCUCAUUUGAUCAAUGCGGACAGAGAUGCACCUGUGUUCAAGGCCAGUUUGUAA